AUGGCCAACGGCUGGGCGCCCUUCAUCGGCCUCGUAAUCGUUGUCAUUUUCUGCAUUGCGGCGUGGUUUCUAGCUCCCAAAGGCGAGAAUCAGACCGUCUGGCGAUCUACACUGGUACUCUCAGCGGCCGCCAUGUACAUCAUGUGGGCGAUAACGUUCCUCGCGCAAUUACACCCUCUUAUCUCGCCGGUACGAAGUCAUCUGCGACCGGAAUUAAAUGGCGGACGCUAG